AUGUAUCAACAACAAGCAGCCGGUUAUGAUACCAACGCCUUUCCUGUGGAUAUGGCACCAAAAAUCACUCUACAGCUGUCCGCCGACUCGGACAAGGCCAGCAGGCCCAGCACUCCUCCUACAAAUCCUGGGAUGCCUCUGUUGGUUGCGGACACUCCCAUCAAACUAGGUUCUUCCACAAUGCACCCGUUCACAACCAAUGCACGUUAUCGCGUGGACACCUUGAAUGCAAUGGGGAAUGAAACACGAGAUUAUCUCGUCGGUCCCAUGCCCGUGGAUGAAUUUUUCGAAGAGUUCCUCCCACUUCCUCCAGGUUACCACCCCCCAAGCUUCACUCAUAAUGCAUUCAAUGGAACCGUAUCUGCUACCUCUGAGCAGGCAGCGUAUAAACCUUUCAUUGAUGUCCUAAAGUCACUCGUUCCUACUCUAUCAUUUGUCGACUCUCACAACCAUGAAGACACAACAAAUUGUAAACAAUUCUCGUUCAACAUCAAACCGGAUAUCUGUGUAUAUGACAAUCCGCCAUUGGAGCCUAACUGCGACGUUUCCACUGUGGAAGUGAUUAUCGAGUUUAAGUGGGGCUCCACAGACAACCCAUUCCGGGAACCAUUUGGCCCAAGUGAUAACCGUCAGUUCAUAUCUGACACCGACAAGGGUAUGGAUACCUUGGGUCAGAUCACAAGUUACGCUGCCGCUCAGCUCGGCGCUCAGUACCGCACCCACAUAUUUUCUGUCCUCAUUGUUCACGAUCAAGCUCGCAUCAUCCGAUGGGACAGGGAGGGUGCCAUCGUCACCCGCCCCAUCUUUUACAACGUCGAGCCUCACCUGGUCAAUUUUUUCUCUCGGUAUGCACAAGCAACACCACAAACACGUGGUGUUGAUACUUCGGUCACUCCCGCUGACAGCUGGGAAGCUGACCUCGCCCGGGAAUACUUAAAACUUCCAGAUCCUACUCGUAUGUUCAAAGUCGAAGUACCUGCUGCUGAGGAGGGCUCCGAAUCGCUUACUCUGAUUAUACCUGCACCUGUUGCACGUGGGUUUCCCCCUGUUGGCCGCGGCACGCGCACAUGUCCUGCACUCAAUUUUAAAAACAAAAAAGUCGUCAUGUUCAAGGACUCUUGGAGGAUAGCGUUACCUGACAUCUCACCAGAAGGGGAUACGUACAAGCUAUUAAAGACCCACAAUGUUCGCAAUGUCGCGACGUGCAUUGCAUGCCAUGAUGUACCUCAUCUCCCUCAGCAACACACCAAAACCUUCAAGUUUGCAGCAGCACCAUGGGCAUGCUCCAACAAGGUUCUCACUCCGCACGCACACUACCGCUUGGUUCUUAAUCUGGUGGGCGAGGCAUUGACAGACUUUAGCCACUCUCGUGAAUUCGUUCAGUCUGUUCGUGAUGCCCUGAUUGCCCACAAGGAUGCAUACCUCUCUGCAAAGGUCUUACAUCGGGACCUGAGUGCUGGAAAUAUUGUCAUAUUCGAGGGCAAGGGCAUCCUUAUUGAUUGGGAUCUAGCCAAGCUAGUCACCGCCCAGGGUGCUCGACAGAUAGCCCGCACGGGCACUUGGCAGUUUAUGUCUGGUCACCUCAUCGCAAAUAGAGAUGCCUCACAUAGCGUCGAGGAUGACCUGGAGUCGAGCCUUUACGUCACUAUGUGGACGGGCUUGAAGUACUCGAAGACUACACUGACAGAUAGUGCAAGGUCACUUCUCAUAACGCAGAUAUUCGACUCUGAUGAGGUGCUGGAUUCCGGAGGAUCUUCGAAAUCGCGGUUUCUUGUUGCACAAACUGACAUUGUGGGUGAGGUAUUUGUUGGCCGUGAUGCAUUGGACGCCCUUGUCAAAGAACUUAUAAAGUUCUUUGCGCACCGGUACUCCGUGGUCACUUCAGAUGAGCGGCGGGUAUUCAAUAACUUCCGAGAGAAAUAUGCACCGAAUGGUGUGGAGAACAUUAACGAGACUUUAAAAGAGUUCCUGAUGAGUAAUCAUGUCUACUGCAACGAGGAGGGGAUGAAGAUCAUGAAUUCACCUGAUAAGAUCCACGACUACGUCAUAGAAAUUUACAAUCUGCGCCUCAACGACCCUGGCUGGCCUUCUGAUGAUGUUGCUGUGGAGCAAGAAGUUCUGCGGGACAAGAAGUACAAGACACGGCCUGCGUACACAAAAUCGCAGUUGCCCUACCGAGUGGAAUUAACCCCAAAUGGCAAGAGACGUAAGCUGGAGCCACUUCCCAAGGUCGAGACACCCAGCCCAGUCACUAGCCUGGCUGGCCUUGCGACCUUAUAA